AUGACGGAGCAACGAGUCCCUACCAAGAGGGAGUUCCUAAGCCUGGUGAUGUCUACGUUUGACCCGAAUGGGUUCCUGAGCUGCUACAUGGUGACUGCCAAACUGCUGCUGAGGGAGAUUUGGCGGAGAGGAGUCAACUGGGAUGAGCCGCUACCGGAUGAAUUGGCCGCAGCCUUCGAGGAUUGGCGGCAAGGGAUGAGUCUGAUCCAGGAGUUCCGAUGCCCGCGCCACUACUUUGGCGGCGGACGAGUGCGGACGCUACAGCUGCACAUCUUCGUGGACUCCAGUCAAUCGGCGUUCGCAGCAGCGGCCUACUGGCGGGCCACGUACGAGAACGGAGACGUGCAGGCGCACUUCAUAAGCUCCAAAACGAAAUGCGCCCCGAUGAGGACCAUGUCGAUCCCGCGACUUGAACUCCAAGCAGCGGUAUUGGGCACGAGAUUGAUGGACACCGUCAAGCAGGAGCACGGUGUGGCGAUCAGCAGCUCUGCGCUAUGGACGGACUCUAAGACUGUGUUGCACUGGACAAGCAACACCCACCGGAGAUACAAACAGUUCGUCGGAAACCGGGUGGCGGAGAUUUUGGAAUCGACAGAGGCGUCCCAGUGGAUAUGGAUCCCGUCCGCCGAAAACGUGGCGGAUGACGCGACAAGGCCGCGCAAGGCCGUGGACCUGAGCAUCGGUUCGCGAUGGCUAAGCGGACCGCCGUUUCUACGAGGACCAGAGGAGAGCUGGCCGAGAUCGAGCGAGGACUGGAUUCCUCCGACGACCGACGACGAGGAAAUGAAAUGUGAGUUUGCCUUGGUCACGGUAAACUUUAUAUCCCUGCAGAGGUUCUCCAGCUAUAAUCGACUGGUGAGGACGACUGCGUGGGCGCUCAGAUUUGUUCGACGAUGCCGUGGAAUACGUCGCGAUGAAGAGGUCUACGGAUUGACCGCGAUCGAGUGCGCUGAAUCAGAACGCGCAUUGAUACGGCAGUCGCAGCGAGAAGCGUUUGCUGAGGACAGCCAAGGAAACGUCGCCAAGGACAGCCGACUGCACGGACUGUCCCCAUACCUUGACGAGGACGGAGUAUUGAGAGCCAGUGGAAGGAUCGACGACGCGACGUGUGUGCCAUACAACGCACGUCGGCCGAUCAUACUGUCUUACGAGGAGGCGCUGGCAGAGAUGAUCGUGCAGCAACACCACGAAAAGAUGUGCCACCAAAACACGGAGGCGACGAUCGGAUCGAUUCGGAGCAAGUUCUGGAUAACGAACUUGCGGAGACUGCUACGGAGGGUGGUGAGCAAAUGCAACGUUUGCAAGCUGCGGAAGGCACGACCCACACAGCCCGAGAUGGGCCCCCUGCCUGCGGAUCGGCUAGAGGCCAACGGAUGGCCAUUUAAGUCUACUGGCCUGGACUACUUUGGGCCGCUCCUUGUGACAAUUGGACGUCACACAGAGAAGAGCUGGGUGGCACUGUUUACGUGCCUGACCACGAGAGCUAUCCACUUGGAGAUGGCUCACGAUUUGUCCACCGACUCCUGCAUAAUCGCCAUGAGGAACUUCAUGAGCCGCCGUGGACCAGUGGUCAGGAUAAGGAGCGACAAUGGGAAGAACUUCGUUGGAGCCGACCGCGAGGCCAAGAGGUUCAGCGAAGUGUUCGAGCCUGCACAGAUCCAGGGCAAGCUGUCGUCUAAGGGAGUCGAAUGGAUCUUCAACUGCCCGGCGAACCCAGCUGAAGGUGGUGCCUGGGAGAGGAUGGUGCAGUGCGUGAAGAAGGUGCUGGCGCACACAAUGAAGGAGCUCGCGCCCAAGGAGCAUGUACUGGAGAACCUGCUGAUUGAGGCGGAGAGCAUCGUAAACUCUCGUCCGCUCACUCAUCUACCGGUGACGGUGGACCAGGAGGCUCCACUGACGCCUAACGAUUUGCUGAAAGGAGCAUCGGAUAUCCCAGGUCUCCCCAAGGAUGAUGGACAGGAGCCCGUGAGAUCCGCUACUAGGAAGCAGUGGCGCAUAGCAAGGAUGAUGCGCGAUCGCUUCUGGAAGCGUUGGGUGCAUGAGUACCUGCCAACUCUUGUGCGCAGGGAGAAAUGGUGCAAGCGCGUCGAGCCCAUCCGACGAGGAGACCUGGUAUUCAUCUGCGAUCCAGCCAUACCACGAAGGGAAUGGAAACGAGGCGUCGUGGAAGAGGUGUUCACCGGGAAGGAUGGAGUACCUCGUCGAGCAGCGGUGCGGACUACCGAUCGAGCCCAGACGACUAUGCGUCCCGCUUCGAAGCUAACUGUCCUGGACGUGGUGAAUGCGGCUGCUUCACGGGGGUGGGGAUGUCGCGGAACAAACUAG